AUGAGUGAAACUAUUCCUAUGACAUCAUAUCAAUCUGUUCGUUAUCGAAAUAAAAUUGUUCAACUUAAAACAUUUAAUCAUCAUGGUAUCGAGUGUCUUUUUUUCGAUGAGGUCUAUCAAAGCUUUCCUAAAGUCACAUGUUUGUACAUCGAUGAUAAACAACAAACAUUUCUCCGUGAUGAAAGCGGCCAGCGUUCCGAACCACUACGUAUUAAAGCUUAUAUCAAUGAAAUUAUGGACGCUUUUGAACCAGAAGAAAGUUUUCGAAAUAAUGAUCAAUGUUUACAAAUAGAUCAUAUUCAAGAAUUACAAAAUACUCUUGUUCGCAUGAAUAUUAAUACACAAGAAAAAAUCAAACAAGCAAUGACACUUAUGUAUGAACUUAAUGAAUAUACAACUCCACGACAUUUUUUUAUUUUAAAAAUAGAAAAUGAUAAUCAAAGUAUAAAAGAAAAAGCAAAAAAUUUACUUCAACAUGAAUAUAAAUUAUAUUUCUUAUGUGAUUGUUCUGAUGAUCCAAAUGAACGACAUUCAGCUCCUCAUGAUGGUUAUUUAAUUAAAGAACCAGCAAAAUUAAUUGCUGAUUAUGGGAGUUAUAUACGAACGACAUUAAAUAUUAUUAAAACUGCACUUCCAAUUAUCGGUCAUAUUAUUGGUUUACAAAUACAUAAAGCACCAGCAUUAAUUUCCGAGGUAGCUAGUUCAUUAGAUACUUGUACUCUCAUGACUAAAAUCAAUGAAGUUGAAAAUUUAUUAGACCAAGCGGAAGAAAAAUCAUUUACUACAAGUACAUCAAAAGAAGUCAAAGCAAUGAGUCAUCAUUUACCAUUACAUGGUGCACCAUUACGAGAAUUAGUCAAUUAUUUAGAAGGUGUCGAUAAUAAAAAUAGUCUUGGUAAUUUAUAUAAAAAAAUUACGGAUGAUGGUCAUGUUCGAUGGGUAUGUCUCGAACAUUAUGAUACUAAUUAUUACAAACAGAGAAUGUAUCAAUAUAUUCGUCAAUUAAAAGAUUUAGGAGGAAUAUUUGAUGAAAAUACGAAAGAACUUAUUAUAACAAGUGACAAUUACACACUUUUGGAUAUUCCUAAAUUUAAUAAUUUAUUAAAAAAUGGUUUCAAAAUAACAAAAUUUAUUAUAAAAAAAUGUUCUUUAAAAGAAAGCGAAUUAAAUCGUUUAUUUGAUAUUUGUAUAAAUCAACCUUUAAUUAAUUUAGUUUUUUCUGAUGUGAAAAUUAUAAGUUCGAUUUUUAAGUUAAAUUAUAUUUGUAAAUCAAUAUCAAUUUCUUUUAAAGAAGAUUCAUUAGAAAUUUAUUUACCAAAUCGAUAUACAGAUGGAGAUAUGAAAACAAUUAUUCAAUUUUUAUUACAAAAUAAUAAUCGACGAAUAAUUAAAAUUUGUGGUAUUGAUAAAUUUGUUAAUUAUGAAGAUAAUUUUACUCAAGAUAGAAAAAAAGAAUCGAAAAUUUUAAUUGUUAAUCAUUUAAAUAAUAUUGAAAUAUUAAAUCAGAUAUUUUCUUCGACAAUUUCAUUUACUCAUGUCAAAUUGAAUUAUUAUUAUGGUUCGUCAACAAUUUUUUUGCAUUUAUGUGAUUUGUUAGCAAAACAUUCAACAUUGAUUGAACUUGAUUUAAUCAAUUCCACCGGUUUUGAUGAUGAAGAAGGUCUUAUUAAACUUUUCAAAUUAUUAAAUAAUAACAAAAUAUUAAAAGCAUUGAAUCUUCAUAUUUCAAAUUUACAUAUCUCAGAAAGAAAUCGAAAAGAACGUCAUUUAAUUGAUCUGAUAAAGAAUAAUAAUGGAUUUGUUAUUCGUUUGAUUUUAUCGGAUUCAAAUAUUACACCUGAAUUUGCAAAAGCAAUUACUGAAAAAUUCAGAAAAAACCCAGAGUCAUUAAAAUCUCUCGAACUAUAUAAUUGUCAAAUGAAUUGGGAAAUUCAAUCAGAUUUUAUAAAUUUAUGGACAAUUGAAAACGUCGUGUCUAUUGAAGAUGGACAAUAUUAUUGUGUAACAUCAAAAAAAAUACGAGAAUUAAUUGGAAAAGAAUUUGAUCAAGAGAAAAGUUUAGAAAUUGAACAAGAAAUUAUUGAUGAUCAUUUAAAUUUAAAUGAAAAACAAUUAACCGAUAGAGAUAUGAUAAUUCUAUCAAAUAAUGAAAAACGUAUGAAACAAUGUAAACAAAUAUCAUUGAAUAAUUGUCAAAUAACAUCAUUUGAAAUUCUUAUCUUGGCUGAUAUAUUAUUUAAUAAUAUUAGUCUAGAAAAAUUAUAUUUAAAUUCAAAUAAUUUAUGUGAUGGUGGUAUUUAUCUAUUAACUAAAAUAUUUAUGAAUAACAAGAAAAAUCUUCAACAACUUCAUCUUAAAUCAAAUGAAAUUACUGAUGAAGGAAUUAAUUAUUUAAUUCGAAUAUUAAAAAUCAAUAAAACAUUAACACAUUUGGAUUUAUCAGAUAAUUAUAUUACUGAUACUGGACUUAGAAAAUUAACUCAAACAAUUGAUGAGGAAGAAAUUAAUUUAAAAUCACUUGUAUUGAAUGGAAAUAAACAAUUAACUGAAACAAGUGUUUUGUUAUUGAUUUCAAUGAUUAAAAAGAGUACAUCAAUGGAAAAUCUCUCGUUAAUUGAUUGUAAUAUAAGUGAGAAAAGUAAAGUCAAACUUAAAGAAAUAGAAAAAAUUAAAAAGAAUAUUCGUUUGGACAUGUAA